AUGCUUCGCGGUAGUAGGAUGGUGUACGAGGCUGUAGAGGACGAGAAUUUUCCGUCGUUUCCGUCCCUCUGGCGCCCGUUAAAUGGAACCAGGCUGAGACCUAACCCAGCAAAGCAAGCCCCGGUCUCUCAGCAUCGGAAGUGCAAAACCAGGACGGACAUGGCGACGCGUGUGUCGGCGCUAGAAGCUGGAGGUUGCUCAGGGCGAGUCAGCUCGGGACUGGCUGAAGCCUGUAGGGCCGAAAUUGAAGAAGACAUGAUUUGGAGUAAGGAUUACGCUAGUGUUGAGAGCGGGUUAGCAGUCUCAUUGCGGUCGGAACAAGGAGGUAGCGUAAGCCUCUUUUGGCUCAGUGGCUUGAUGCUGGCCCAGCCCAUGUCGUCAACUGGACUCGAGUGGGCAAGUGUCCAGGGAGGUGUUGAGGGGAAGCAGGGCAGGAGGGCAAAAAUAGCAGGUUCCAAGAUCAAAGGGAGGAUGAUCCGCGUCACCCGUGUCUUGAUCCUCCUUGGGCUGCCUGAUCGCUCGAGGCAGGACCUGCAGGGAAACCCCCGUCUUGCCGACUGCAGAUUGUGGAUGCGGGGAUUCGGAGACGACUGCGAUUCGUUGGCCGGGCUGGUGGUGUUGAGCCACAAGCCGGCGUUGGAGAGGUUGUUGAAAAGGGAACGAAUGGCUGAAUCGAGGGAAAGGAACAAGGAGAUUGCGUGCGGGUUGGUAGGUUGGAAAGAGACUGGUUGGAAUUGGGCAAGCGGAUGCCCCUGGAGGGAAAAGCGAAUGGCCCGACAGCCAAACACAAGGGCUGUUCAAGCUAAUGACACCAUGGACAUGCCAGGCGUAAGGAAGGAGUGGGCCGGGGGAGCAACCGGGGCUCGCGGGGCAGGAACGUCUCAGAUCUGUCGCAGGAGGCAGUCGCACACCACCCUACUUGCAGCACUCUAUGUCUAG